AUGGAGCCCGAUGUCUACUCAGAAAGUGAUGCCCUGCGGGCGCUUCUGCGACGCCGCGGGCCUUGCGCCUCGAAGCGUGUAAGUGUUGUCCCACUUCCAGAGGAGGAGCAUCUCUCCUGGGCAGAUGGCCUGGAAGUGUGGCCUUUGCAGAGCCGACGCAAUGCAGAGGCGGCUGCAGCUCAUGCUGGCCUGGCACUGGUGGAAGGCUGGGCCAUCUAUGAUCUCCUUGAUGACGUGACUGGUGCAGCUUUCGUGGCGGAGAGGUACUGGUGGAAUGCCACGGACGAUGGAACUUGGGUGGAUUUCAGCCCAAGGCCUGAGAACAUGGAGCAGCUGCUGCUGGCUGAGGCCUUCGUGCCAGCUGAAGCUCGAGAGGCGACCGUCCUGACGGCGGAAGCGCAGGACUUGGCCGAACAUCUGGCGAAGCUCCGCUUCCCGAAG